GGGAAGGGCCGCACCUGCAGCCCCGGGGCGGGCCCGGCCGCGGUUAAAGCGCUCGGCGGGCGGCGCGUUCUCUAGUGGAGCCAUGGCGGCUUACGUGCGGCUGGGCACCGGGGCCAGGAUGCCCCUCAUGGGGCUGGGCACAUGGAAGUCUCCCCCAGGUAAGGUGGGAGCUGCAGUGAUGGCUGCCAUUGAUGCUGGGUACCGCCACUUCGACUGUGCCUACGUAUACCAGAAUGAGAAGGAAGUUGGGGAAGGGAUCCAGCAGAAGAUCAAGGAAGGUGUUGUGAAAAGAGAGGACCUCUUCGUUGUCAGUAAGCUAUGGUGCACGUUUCAUGACAAGCCUCUGGUGAAGGGAGCGUGCCAGAAGACUCUUGCUGACCUGAAAGUGCAUUACCUGGAUCUCUACCUCAUGCACUGGCCUUUUGGUUUGAAGGCAGGAGAGGAGCUGUUUCCCACAGAUGGCAAAGGCAUGUCUAUACCCAGCCAGGCAGAUAUUCUAAACACAUGGGAGGCCAUGGAAGAGCUGGUGGAUGCUGGUCUGGUAAAAGCCAUUGGAAUCUCCAACUUUAACCGUGAGCAGACUGAGAGAGUCUUGAACAAACCAGGACUGAAGUACAAGCCUGCAAAUAACCAGAUCGAGUGUCAUCCGUACCUUUCCCAGGAGAAGCUGAUCAACUACUGCCAAUCCAAAGGCAUUACUGUGACAGCAUACUGUCCCCUUGGACGCCCUGACAGGGCUAAGCCAGAGGAUCCUUGUCUUCUGGAUGACCCCAAGAUCAAAGAGAUUGCAGCCAAGCACAACAAAACACCAGCACAGGUUCUCCUUCGCUUCCAGAUCCAGAGAAAUGUGAUUGCGAUUCCCAAGUCUGUCACACCAGAGCGCAUUGUGGAGAACUUCAAGGUGUUUGACUUUGAACUGACUGAAGAGGAGAUGACAACCCUUCUCAGCUUAAACAGAAACUGGAGAAUCUGUGGAAUGAUCAUGUGCAAAAAUCACAAAGAGUACCCUUUCAAUGCCGAAUACUGAAGAUAGCUUUAUCCUGCUCUCCUGGGGUCUAGUGAGUUUCUACUGUUGCCUGGAGUUGUCCACUAUGUAGCCUGCACACUGCCCUCACUUGGCAGGAGAGAUACAUAGUGUAUGUAUUCAGUGACUUUGCUUGGGUUUUUCUUUGGUGGAAGGAAGUAGUAAAAUUGUUCUGAAGAACAAAAUAUGGGCUAUAAUAAUUCCUCUAUAUGGCUGAAAUAGCAAAGCAGAAAAUACAGUGAACUAGCAAUUGAUUUUUGGUUUUUUUUAAUCUUUUGCUUUGCAACACCACCACUUAAGGCUUCAGGGUAAGGACAUGUGAGCACAGAAGACAGAUCCAUCCUGAAAGAAUGAACUACAUAAUCACUGCCUGAGGAUAAGAGAUAACAGUUAACUUCACUUCUAAGAGCACAGCCCAAAUCUUUCUGGGAAAGAAGAAUAAAUGGGAGAAAUGUCCAGACCUCCAGAUGCAUACCAACUCAUACUGGGCCUAUUUCAGUUACAUUCUUUUACAGCCUGAAACUGGAGAGAGAUUAGUGUUCAAUUUUAUUCUUACAAAAAAAAAAGUUUAGAUUACUCCUGGUUUGGAAGUUCUAUUCUAAUGUGAAAAACGGGUAAACCAAGCCACUUGCAUCAACAAUGUCAUUAGAAGCCGUUAUCCAUUUUCAAUUUUAAAUGAUGUCACAGGAACAUCAAGAUCUUGUCUUGAUCAAAAGUUGAAUAACAGAAGACCAACACCUGAAACUGCUGGAAAGCUGUACAGUGGUAUCACUUUGGACUGAUUUGGUUGGUAGCAGGUGCUGACAUCUGGCUACAAAAGCCCAAGUAAGAGAGACUGUGGGGAGAGGGGAGACUGGGUUAAGCAGGUGUCUGAUACUGUGCAGAAGCAGAGUGUGCAGGGUGGAACUGUUAGUAUUAAUACUGAGCUGCUGCCCAGAGCCUGACACUGGAGCAAGUGCCGUUCCCUCCAGGCUAUGCUAUGCUGUCUCACUGGCAUGGUAGCUGGGACAGGUCUCUGUUAACUGUAACUAAACGUAUGAUUAAAGCUCACGCCUCACAAAGCCUGUCCCUCAUGGUGGAGGAUGCAGGUAAGCCUUGCUGGGCAGUGCUAGGAUAGCUAGGAGGUGUUUCAACAGCGUGGCACUUCAGGGACCUGUAAGUGCAAUGUGCCUUGGGUUGGUGGACACAGGGCAUCUGCAGUGAACUACUGCAGUCUGAUCUAUAACAUCCACAUCAGAUCAAGCUGUAGGGUCUGACAAAAGCAUAUGAAGUUUGAGUUGUCUUGAGCAACAGGGUGGUCUGGAAACUUCUUAAGAACAAGAUGAUUAAGCAAAAACUACUGUUGUAAAGGUUAAUAGUAUAAGGACCCAAUGCUGACUGACAUAGCGUUUCUGCCAUACUAACUUCUAUUGUAAUUUAUUGUACAACAAAUGAAUACACUUUACAUGAGCUUGA